AUGACGACCGAAUUGGACCAAGCGCACGAUCCUAGCGCUACCUGCGUGAAGUGCCCCCACUCUGAUGACAAAAUAGGGGCCAAAUCAUCCAGUGAGCUCAUCGUUUGGCACCGAUGUGGGCGCCUGCUUAUUAUAAUCUUCUUAUUCACCUUUGUGAAAGAUGCUGCACCUCAUCCGCAGUGUUUGGACUUCCAACCCCCAUUUAAACCUCCCUACCACCUGGAAUUCUGUAAGGACUACGAGAAAUUUGGCUGCUGCGAUCAGACUACGGACAACAUAAUCGCUGAGAGGUACUGGGACGUCAUGGAAUUUUAUGACAUUCGGGAAUACGAACUCUGUGGUGAGCUCGUCAAAGAGAUUUUGUGCCAGGAAUGCUCUCCUUAUGCAGCUCAUCUGUUUGACGCAGAGGACCCAUACACCCCAGUGAGAGUCCUCCCUGGCCUCUGCUCUGACUACUGCGCAGAGUUCCACAGGAAGUGCGGCUCGGUGGUGAAGCACCUGACUGACGACCCAGGUCUGCGGGAUGCCUGUGAGAAGGACCGCACCAAGUUCUGCCACUUGCUCAACCUGGCCGACCAGGACUACUGCUACCCCAACGUCCUCCGGAGCUCCCUGCUCAACCGCAACCUGGGCCACGUGGUAGAGGACCGCAAGGGCUGCCUGCAGCUGUGCCUGACGGAGGUGGCCAAUGGCCUGCGAAAUCCGGUGCUACUCCUUCACCCCGGGGACGACACCAGCCGAAUGUUCGUGGCCGAGCAGUUGGGCUUCGUCUGGGUGUACCUGGCAGAUGGGAGCCGGCUGGAAGAGCCCUUCCUGGACCUGAGUGGAGAGGUGUUGACCACUCCCUGGCAUGGGGAUGAGAGGGGCUUCCUGGGGAUGGCCUUCCACCCGCACUACCGCGACAAUGGCCGCUUCUUCGUGUACUACUCUGUGCUGGUAGGGCAGAAGGUGGAGAAAAUCCGGAUCAGUGAAUUGAGGGUUUCCAUGCAUGACAUGAACAAGGCCGAUCCACAGCCAGAGAGGGUCAUUUUUGAAAUUGAAGAGCCAGCAGCCAAUCACAAUGGAGGCCAGCUUCUGUUUGGUUUAGACGGCUACCUUUACAUCUUUACUGGGGAUGGCGGAAGGGCUGGGGACCCCUUUGGGAAGUUUGGAAAUGCACAAAACAAGAGCGCUCUCCUAGGGAAGGUCCUGCGCAUUGAUGUAAAUGGAGACAGCAGCGAUGGAAAGCCUUACCGAAUCCCUGAGGACAACCCGUUCCUCUCGGAUGCUGGCGUGAGGCCGGAGGUGUAUGCCUAUGGGCUGAGAAACCCGUGGCGCUGCUCAGUCGACCGGGGAGACCCAGUCAGCCAGCAUGGCCGAGGGAGGAUCUUCUGCGGGGAUGUGGGUCAGAACCGGUAUGAGGAGAUUGAUAUCAUUGAGCGAGGAGGAAACUACGGUUGGAGAGCCAAGGAAGGGUUCGAGUGUUUCGACGUCAAGUUGUGCUACAACUCCUCGCUGAGAGACAUUCUUCCCAUUUUUGCAUAUGACCAUCACGUGGGGAAGUCAGUGACCGGUGGCUAUGUUUAUAGAGGAUGUGAAUCGCCCAAUCUGAACGGCCUAUACCUAUUUGGAGACUUUAUGAAUGGUCGGCUCAUGGCCUUGCAGGAGGACAGGGGAUCAGGGAGAUGGAGUGAGAGGAGUGUGUGUAUGGGAACCACUGCCACCUGCUCCUUCCCUGGACUCAUCAACCACCACCACAAAUUCAUCAUCUCCUUCGCCGAAGACCAAGCAGGAGAACUGUACUUUUUGGCUACUUCAUACCCUGGUUCAGAGUCUCCUUUUGGAACCAUCUACAAAUUUGUGGACCCGUCCAGGAGAGCUCCGCCAGGGAAGUGCAGGAUAAAAACGCUUCCAGUGAAGGUGAAGGGGAAACGGGUCCCGUUUGUGGCCCGAGAACGGACUGUGUUAGAGUUGAAUGAAAAACCUACAAGGCCUCCAUUCAAAAAAUUUAAAUUUACCACUAAACUACCAGCAACAAGUUUUCCCACAAUGACCAAGGCCUCACCCGUGGCCUUGCCCACAGAAACAGAUGUACGAGGAACUAUACCAUGGAAACCAACACAGCAGCCCAUCAGACAGGAGGAAGAUUUAAAAACCAAGUCCUGCCCCAAGUCUCCAACUGCAAAAUUUCAUAAGAAAAAAGUGAAGGGAGGAAAGGUGAAGAAGAACGGACAAAAGGGAAGGAAUUGUGUGAAGAAGACCACCCCCAGGAAAGGAAUCCAUGUGAACAAGACCAGUGCCUUGAGAGGAGUUAGUGUGCAUGCGUCCACUCCCUUUAGAGGACUUAGUAUUAACAAGACCACCCACAUGGAAGGACAUACUAUGAACAAGACCACUGCAUUGGAAGGAGUGAGUGCGAACAAGACAACCCCCAGGAAAGGAAUCAGUGUGAACAAGACUACUUCCUUGAAGGUAGAUAGCAUGCACAACUCCACUUCCUUGAAGGUAGUUACAGUGAACAAGACCACCCCCAUGGAUGGAAAUGGUAUGAAUGAGAUCUUGGAAGGAGUUAGUAUGAACAAGACCACUCCCAUGGAAGGGGUUGGUGUGAACAUGACCUUGAGUGGAGUCACAACAAACAAGCAGGACAGAAGACUAGAAGCUAAAGGAAUGAUCAGGGGCAGAAACAGCCCACACAGUGCAACACGGGAGGGGAGAUGGAGGAGGGACGGGGGGCGACGUGGGGCUGGGAGAAUGUGAGAGAAGAGAUCAUAAUCCCACCAAAAUUUUGUGACAUCAUCACAUCCAGGAAGACAGCCAGCCUGGUUUUGAAAUCAUAACAUCCAGGGAAAUAGCUCAUAUGCCAGUCUUUGUAACAUUUGUAACACUUUGUAACAUUGUCAUGCACCAGCAGACAGCCCAAAUGCCCUGUGGUUACUGCAAUAUUUUAUGAAUAAGAAGCCUCCUAAAAUUGAAUUACGGAGAGAGUCAGGAAACCUCCAUUCUGCAUUUUAACAGGAGACAUAAACAUUAGCUGUCAUCAAAAAUCUUACCUUGAAUAAGUGUAGAAACAGCCUAUAUAUUACCUGAGGCUCUCCUUUAUAUGUUAAAAAAAAUCUGAUAUGUUUUCCAAGUAAUGGAAGGAAAAUUGUUCACCAACUUGCAAGGACAUAAUGACAACAUAAAAAGUCUUCAGAGUCUAGGGAAAAGAUCCAUUGGGAGAUGCAUUCAUCAUUCAGAAUAAGACAUGUCAAGGUUUCACUGUUUAUACAUUUUUGUUUGUAAUUAACCUUAGGCUGUAGUAGUGUACACUGGAUAAAUUUAUAAUUGAAAGGUGUUUACAUCUGGGAAGUAAGUUUGUAGAAAUUUAAAAACAAUAGAUAUUAUUUUCUUAUCAACUUUUCAGUAGAAAUUGGGCUUAGUAACCUUUCACAAACAGGUAUGAGAACAAGAGCAAUCAAAAGACAUUUAAAAAAAUACAAAGCAGAAACCAAUUGCUAUGAACACCUGGAUACCUUUGUGUCAGUGGUAUUUGUUAAAGAUGAUAUAACCGGCCCACUAUGUUUCCUGAAGCAGCGAUUAUAUUAAACAUUAAUGAUAUACAAUAAUCGUGGGGUUGCUGAUUAGUUCUUCUGUCAAAACUUAUAGACCAUCAGAGUUGAAAAACCAUUUCAUUGCCGCACAUGCCAUGACAUAUGCCCUUUGAUUGUUUUCUUGUAGGCUUCCCUCAGAGUAAAUGUUUAAACAUCCCACAGCUCAGCACAUUAACAUUGGUUAAUGUGUUAUCCUUUAACAAGAGCCAUCCUGCAAAUGCCAUCUCACAAACUGUAGCUGAGUUUCAAAUCCAUAGUUUUUAACACAAGGACCCCCAUUCUUUUAGUACUGUAUUCAGAGAGGAGAACACUAUCAUUAGAUGACAUAGCUGUUUGCCACUUCUGUCACCAAAUCGUAACUCUGAGGAAUUCUGUCUGAGGCUUUAAAGCUUUCUACAUUCCAAACACAUGAUGUGACACGAUCUGGUGGUCCAAGUUUGUGGAUAAAGGCAGAUCAGAGUCACAAGCAUACUAUGUAAAAGCUGCAGAAAGAGGCCAUUUUCCCCA